ACCGUCUCCGCUCGGAUUAUCAAGCACUUCGGCGUGAAGCACCUCUCCAGCGGCGACCUGCUGAGGGACAACAUGCAGAAGAAGACAGGUUUUGUGCAAGACCAUAAAGCAUCAGAAUCAUGCUGAAGGUUGUGUGAGAAGAGGAAAUUGCAAGUGGAAAUAUCAUAUUGCUUGAAUUGAAGUGGGAGCCUGAAGUGAUGAAGAGAGAAGUGAUUAGGCAAAGAAUUCUAGAAGUGGGAAUCCUUGCCAAGUCCUACAUUGAUCAAGGGCAGCUUAUUCCAGAUCACAUCAUGACACAACUAAUGCUGACUGAGAUAAAAGGUCUAGACCAGUACAAUUGGCUAUUGGAUGGUUUCCCCAGAACAGUUGCUCAGGCAGAAGCCCUCGAUAAAGAAUGUCACAUAGACACUGUAAUUGACCUGGACGUGCCAUUUGAGACCAUAAAGUGUCGGCUUACAGCACGCUGGAUCCACCCUGCCAGUGGCAGAGUCUACAAUCUUGAAUUCAGUCCUCCCAAAGUGCAGGGCAUUGAUGACAUUACUGGUGAGCCGCUUGUUCAGCGUGAUGAUGACAAGCCAGAAACUGUCAGCAAGAGGCUUCAGGCUUAUGAUGCACAAACAAAACCUGUUCUAGAAUAUUAUCGGAAAAAAGGGUUAUUGAAAUCCUUUUCUGGAACAGAAACCAAUAAGAUCUGGCCACAUAUCUAUGCUUUCCUUCAAACCAAGUUGCCAGACAUGAGCCAGAAAGAUGCUGCCAACCCGAGGUGAAAAUGGGUGAAACUUCUGCUCAUCUUUUAUAUCUCACUCCCGAUUACAUGAGAUUCCGCAAUCAAGGAUUUGUCCGAGUAGUCUACCAGACUCAUCAAUAAUUUAAGUCCAAUGCUGUCCUUAACUUACACUAUGGUAAAAUUUUGUUGCCUGUGGUUACCACUUCAAUGCUGUAUUUUUUUAUAUUAAAUAAUUUAAAAAAUA